AUGAAGACCUGCCUUGUCACGAUCCUCACCCUGUGCCUUGCAGGCAGCGGCCUCGCGGCCCCGACGCAAGCUGUUUCUUCUCAGCUGAGCCAGCGCGAUGUCGCCGCUUUGCAGGAUCUAGUCCGGCGCAAGGCCGACGUUUCCCUCAGCGCGAGCGAGACCAACUCGCUCCUGGCGAACCUCAUCAGUGACCUCGGCAAUGGCCAGACUCGAACGAAUGGCGUCUACAGGCGCCGGCCCGACGCCAACCUCGUUGAUGCAGCCAACGCCAGCGACUGCAAGAGUAAAAAUGGUGGCUCUGACAAGGCCGGUUCCGACAAGGGCGACGAGGACAACAGGGACAACAAGGGCAGCAAUGGCGACAAGGGCGGCAAGGGCGGCCCUCUCGAUGAUGUGACUGACGCCGUUGAGGGCCUCACCGGCGGCAACGACGACAAGGGCGGCAAGGGCGGCCCGCUCGGUGGUGUGACUAACGCCGUCGAGGGCCUCGCUGGCGGCAAGGGCGGCAAGGGCGGCCCGCUCGGUGGCGUGACUGACGCUGUUGGGGGCCUCACCGGCGGCCUCACCGGCGGCAAGGGUGGCCCUCUCGGCGGUGUGACUGACGCCCUCGGGGGCCUCACCGGAGGACUAUUGGGCGGCGGCGACAAAAGGAAGGGCGGCCUACUCGGCGGACUCCUCAUCCCUGGCCUUCUCAAGAGGGAAAUCGCCACAGAACAACAGGAAAACUCAGGGAUGCUCCAGGAGAGAGCCGAAACGGACGGGCUGCUCGACAACCUCCUCGGAGGACAGUCUGGCGGUCCACUCGACGCUCUGCUCGGCGGUGGCGAUGGGCCUGGCGGUCUCCUCGGCGGUCUCCUGAUCCCGGGUAUUUUGCGGAGAGAUAUGGCCGCGAAGCAAGAGAUGACGGCGGAGCAGCUUCGCAAUAUGAUACUCGAACGCCUCACCGCCACGCGGCAGGGUGCGAACGGUCCCCGUUACAAGCGCGACUCUACCAUGGUGCAAGAGAAGACGGCGGAGGAGCUUCGAAACAUGAUCCUCGAACGCCUCGCCGCCACACGGCAGAGCGGCAAUCGCCUCCACGAGAAGCGCGACUCUGCCAUGGGCCAGGGGAUGACGGCGGAGCAGCUUCGCAACAUGAUCCUCGAACGCCUCGCCGCCACACGGCAGAGCGCCAACGGCAUCCACGACAAACGUGACUCUACGACCAUUGCGCCUGGCGAAAUCGAAGGCCUGGGAGGAAACAUUGGUAGUCUGGUUGGCAACGGCGUCGGCGCUCUCCUCGACACGGUCCUUGGCGUCCUCGGCCUGAACGGAGGCCCCAGAAUCGGUGACGUGGAGGGUGUCAUCGGCAGUUUUCCCGAGGGCUACGGCAACCGCCUGACAGGCGACUUGGCCGGCGCCGUGCGCGGGCAAAGGAAGUCUUUCAAGGAGCUGACACAUGGUCGUUUCCAAGGCAGCGAGGACGGCAAGAGCAGCGAGUUCGUUCAGAGCAACCUUGAUCACGCCGACGCGGGCUCGACCGCCAGCGGGGCUGCCGGCGCCGUCAACUCUCAGAACAUGGCUCUCGGCGCCGGCGCCGGCAAACUGAGCCAAGCCAGCAACAGCACCUUUGUAGCCACCCCUUCCAAGAAGCAGUAG